AUGAUCCACCCCACGCAGCCCAAAACUGUUACUGUGACGCACUGCGCGCCAAGGCGUUGGAUACUAGACCCUGCGCGCUGGAUCGGAACGAGAUCAGCAGGCUGUCCUGUUGCUGCUGCUUCCGGGGGUCCUGCCGACUCGGAACGGGAGCGUCCGUACAACGCUAGCAGCAGCGCCCACGCGAGCAAGAUUGUGCUACUUCUUCCGAGUGAGAGGCUCAAGGAGAUACAAGCCAGCAGUGUGUCACAAGUCCGCAACUUCAGCAUCAUUGCCCAUGUCGACCACGGGAAGAGCUCUGUGUCGGAUGCGAUCCUCCGGCGACUGGGAUCUAUCGAUCCCCGUACAAAGGCACAGUUCCUUGACUCUCUAGAGGUAGAGAGCACCCGCGGAAUCACCAUAAGGGCGCGCACGUGCAGUUUAUUGUUUCGACGGGGCUCUGGAGAUUCCCAUGUUCUGAAUCUGAUCGAUACGCCGGGGCACGCUGAUUUCUCCUUUGAGGUCAAGAGGAGCCUGUGCGCCAGCGACGGCUGCGUUCUCCUCGUCGAUGCAUCUCAGGGACCACAGGCGCAGACGUUUUCGCAUCUCCAGAAAGCACGUGAUAGAGGCCUUCCAAUCAUACCGGUUCUAAAUAAGGUCGACCUCAUAGAAUCCUCCGAACAACUCAAGGAGCUCAAGAAAACGGUGGGCGACCUUGUGGGAGCCUCUCCAGAGGCUGUGUUGGAAGUCUCUGCAAAAACUGGACAAGGCAUUGACGAGCUACUGGAUACGAUCGUUAGGGAGCUUCCACCGCCUUCAGCAUGCUUGGAGGCGUCGAAGGAUGGUCCCCUGAAGGCCCUUGUGUUCGACAGUUUCUACGACCCAUCCAAGGGUGUAGUGUUGGUGGCAGUCGUCCGCGAUGGAAUGAUAAAGGCUGGAGACGCUGUAACGGCCAUCAGGUCUCAGUUUCAGAUGCAAAUACGAGAAGUCGGGCUUAUGCUUCCCGAAAGACACAAGACGGAUCGGCUUGUGGCAGGCCAGGUUGGGUAUAUCUGCAGCAACCUCAAAAAGGCUGCAGAUAUCCACGUGGGAGACACCCUAUGCCUCUCUCAGGCCCGCACUGAGCCUCUGCCGGGGUUUGAACCCCCGAAGCGUCUCGUGUAUGCGGGCGUCUAUCCAGAAGACCCCAGCGGAUACGAAAAACUGAAGGUGGCACUGCAGAGGCUCGUGUUGACUGACGCGGCAGUGGAGAUGAAGCCAUCAAUUUCUCAGGCUCUUGGUCAUGGAUUCCGCUGUGGCUUCUUAGGAGCCCUGCACAUGGAGGUUGUCCACCAGCGACUUGAAGCAGAAUUCGGGCAACGGACGGUCCUUGCCUCUCCCAGUGUCACUUUCUUGCUGGAGUCUCCUGACGGGAGUCGCUUGCCCAUUGAGAAUCCAUCUCAGCUGCCGAAGGGGCGGCAUGACGUCCUUGAGCCCUUGGCGCGUGUGACGGUAGUGACGCCGAUGGUGUCAAUGGCAGCUGUUGAUCGGCUAGUGUUCGCUCGCCGUGGCGAACGGCUCGAGUAUCACGUCCAACAGCAACCCAAAGGACAGCAGGACACGAGAUCUGCCACCAUCCGUUUAGUUUACAGAGUACCCCUCGCCGAAAUUCUCGUCGACUUUUCAGACAAACUUCAGAGUGCCACCAGCGGGACGGGUACCUAUGAUGUGGAGGACGCAGGCUACGAACCGGCGCGCGUUUCGGUUGUUUCUUUCCUCGUGAAUGGACAGCCUGUUGAUGCGUUGGGACUAAUCGCUCACCAAUCUCAAGCCAGAACACUGGCCACCCGUUUUACAGAACGCCUCGCAGACUUGAUUCCGCCUCAGCAGUUCGAAAUAGCAGUGCAAGGGGCAGUGGAUGGCCGAGUGGUGGCAAAGUCGCGCAUUCGAGCCCUAAGAAAAGAUGUGACGGCUAAGUGCUACGGGGGAGACGUCACACGCAAGCUGAAGCUGCUUAACAAGCAAAAGGAGGGGAAGAAAAGAAUGAAGGCCAUCGGAAAUGUGCAGAUCCCCUCCUCAGCAUUUUUGGGGCUCCUUAAGCUCAGAGACUAA